UGUUGGCAGGAGAGGUUUUCUUUUCCUCCUAUGGGCUGUCUCAGCUCAGGCAGUCCAAUGACGGCAGUGCCAUUCACUAGGAGGAGGGAUUCCCCCCUCUGCUUCAAUGGACAGUCACAUCUGUGCAGGUCUGUGUGUGUCUCUCCUAGGGGAAAAGCCUGGGGAAGCCUAAUCCUGAUCACAUUCUCAUGUUAAAGAAGCCUUGGAUUGAAAUGGGGAAUGGCUGAUAACGUCAGACUCUUGUUGCAGAUGCUGGUUUGUGGUUUUGUGAUCGUCUCGAUGUGGAGGGCAAAGAUUGACCUGGAAAUGUGAGCGGGGCUGUCGUCUUCUGUACAGGAUUUCUUAGGUAGAACCUGCUCCUAGAAUCUCUGGGACAUGGCGCCGCGGAAGAGAAGUAACCGAGGGAUCUCCUUCAUUUUCUGCUGUUUUCGGAGUAAUGAUCAUCCAGAGAUUACGUAUCGAUUACGAAAUGACAGCAACUUUGCCCUGCAGUCAAUGGAGCCGGCAUUGCCCGUCCCCCCGAUUGAGGAGCUUGAUGCUAUGUUUGCAGAGCUGGUGGAUGAACUGGACCUCUCAGACAAGCACAGGGAAGCUAUGUUUGCCCUUCCAGCUGAGAAGAAAUGGCAGAUUUACUGCAGCAAGAAAAAAGACCAGGAAGAAAAUAAAGGCGCUACAAGCUGGCCAGAAUUUUACAUUGAUGAAUUAAAUUCUAUGGCUGCUAGGAGAACGUUGCUGGCAAUGGAGAAGGAAGAUGAGUAUGAAAGAAACAAAACCAUAGAGAGCCUAAAAACUGCCCUGAGGACAAAACCCAUGAGGUUUGUCACCAGAUUUAUUGAGAUGGAUGGUUUAACGUGCAUUUUGAACUUCCUUAGAAGCAUGGACUAUGAAAUAGCAGAGUCCCAAAUACAUACCUCUCUCAUCGGCUGCAUUAAGGCGCUGAUGAACAACUCUCAGGGGCGGGCUCAUGUCUUGGCCCAUUCGGAGAGCAUUAAUGUGAUCGCUCAGAGUCUGGCAACUGAGAACAUCAAAACUAAGGUGGCGGUGUUGGAAAUUAUGGGUGCUGUCUGCUUGGUCCCUGGAGGACACAAGAAAGUUCUAGAAGCCAUGCUGCACUACCAGAAAUAUGCCAGCGAGAGAACGCGCUUCCAGACCCUGAUUAAUGAUUUGGACCGGAGUACAGGAAGGUACCGUGAUGAAGUGAGCCUUAAAACCGCCAUCAUGUCCUUCAUUAAUGCAGUUCUGAGUCAAGGGGCAGGUGUGGAAAGCCUUGAUUUCCGACUUCACCUUAGAUACGAAUUUCUAAUGUUGGGGAUCCAGCCAGUAAUCGAUAAACUCCGUGAACAUGACAAUUCAACACUUGACAGGCAUUUAGACUUCUUUGAAAUGCUGAGGAAUGAAGAUGAACUUGAAUUUGCUAAACGAUUUGAUCUGGUCCACAUAGACUCUAAGAGUUCCAGUCAGAUGUUUGAGCUGAUUCGAAAGAGAAUAACGCACUCAGAAUCCUAUCCGCACUUUAUGUCCAUUCUACACCACUGCCUCCAAAUGCCUUAUAAAAGAAGCGGUAACACUGUGCAUUACUGGCUACUUCUGGACCGGAUAGUUCAGCAGAUCGUCAUCCAGAAUGACAAAGGGCAAGAUCCAGACAGCUCCCCAUUGGAGAAUUUCAAUGUCAGAAAUGUUGUUCGAAUGCUGGUUAAUGAGAAUGAAGUCAAGCAAUGGAAGGAGCAAGCCGAGAAGAUGAGGAAAGAACACCAAGAGCUGCAGCAAAAACUGGAGAAGAAAGAACGGGAGUGUGAUGCCAAGACUCAGGAGAAAGAGGAGAUGAUGCAGACUCUGAAUAAGAUGAAGGAGAAGCUAGAAAAGGAGUCUAGUGAAAACAAGCAGGUCAAACAGCAAGUGGUGGAUCUCACUGCACAAAUACAGGAGCUUAGCAAAAGAACCGUCUGCCCUCCUGGUCCGGGAGGACCACCACCUCCACCUGGAGCACCAGGUGGGCCAGUAUCUUUGCCUUCUGGGUUUAUGAUGCCUCCGCCACCACCACCUCCACCACCACCUGGGGGGAUGGCUCCUCCACCCCCUCCUCCUCCACCCCCUGGAGGUCCUCCUCCUCCCCCAGGACUUCCAUUUCUAGGAGGAAUGGCUGCACCACCUGGGGCACCUCUAGGUCUUGGUUUGAAAAGGAAAAAUAUACCCCAGCCAACAAAUCCCCUCAAAUCUUUCAAUUGGUCUAAGCUACCAGAGAACAAGUUGGAAGGGACCCUCUGGGUUGAUCUCGAUGACAGUCGAGUAUUUAAAAUCUUAGAUUUGGAAGAUAUUGAGCGGACGUUCUCUGCUUACCAAAGACAACAGAAAGAAGCUGAUACCACAGAUGAUACACUGAGCUCCAAGAUGAAGGUGAAGGAACUCUCUGUAAUAGAUGGAAGAAGAGCACAGAACUGCAAUAUUCUCCUCUCUAGGCUGAAACUGUCGAAUGAUGAAAUCAAGCGUGCCAUGUUGUCAAUGGAUGAACAGGAAGACCUUCCAAAAGACAUGUUGGAACAGCUCCUGAAGUUUGUUCCAGAAAAGAGUGACAUUGACUUGCUGGAGGAGCACAAACAUGAGCUGGAUCGUAUGGCCAAAGCGGACCGAUUCCUCUUCGAGAUGAGCAGGAUCAAUCACUACCAACAGCGGCUGCAAUCUCUAUAUUUCAAAAAGAAGUUUGCAGAAAGAGUUGCAGAAGUCAAACCAAAGGUAGAUGCAAUCUGUUUAGCGUCCAAGCAAGUGCUGCAGAGUAAAAGCUUAAAGCAGCUGUUGGAAGUGGUCCUUGCUUUUGGAAACUACAUGAACAAAGGACAGCGAGGAAACGCCUAUGGGUUUAAAAUUUCAAGCUUAAACAAGAUUGCCGAUACCAAAUCCAGUAUAGACAAGAACAUCACCCUUUUGCACUAUCUUAUAACUAUGGUAGAAAAGAAGUAUCCCAAAGUUGUCAGCCUGCACGAAGAGCUCCAAAGUAUCUCUGAGGCUGCAAAAGUCCAUAUGUCUGAGCUGGAGAAAGAGGUCGGUAACUUGAGGAAUGGCUUGAAAGCUGUAGAAACUGAGCUGGACUAUCAGAAGACUCAGACCUCUGUGCCUGGGGACAAGUUUGUCUCAGUUGUCAGUCAGUUUAUUACUGUCGCUGGCUUCAGCUUCUCAGACGUUGAGGAUCUGCUGGCAGAAUCCAAGGAGCUGUAUGUGAAGGCAGCCAAACAUUUUGGAGAGGAAACCAACAAGAUACAGCCAGAUGAGUUCUUUGGGAUUUUCGACCAGUUUCUCCAGUCAUUGUCUGAAGCGAAGCAGGAAAACGAGAACCUGAGGAAGAGGAAGGAAGAGGAGGAACGGCGGACACGUAUGGAGGCACAGCUUAAAGAGCAGCGUGAACGGGAACGCAAAGCCAGGAAAGCCAAGGAAAAUGGAGAAGAGGAAGGAGAGUUUGAUGACCUUGUCUCAGCUCUUAGAUCGGGAGAAGUCUUCGAUAAGGACCUUUCCAAACUCAAAAGGAACCGCAAACGCAUUGUCACCCAAACUACAGAAAGCAGUCGGGAGAGGCCUGUGACAAAGCUGAAUUAUUAAAUGCGUACUGCAGCGUGAAGCGAUGGUGUUCCCAGUGUCACUGCCUUGGAAAUAGAGGGGGGGUUGUAUGUGUAAAUAUGUAGUUAAUGUAAAAUAAUGUGUGUGCAUAUGUAUUGGCCUAAAACAUUUUAUACAACUGCACACAUAGAUGUAUAUAGUUUGAAAGAGUUCAUGCACAUACUGAAUGUGUGAUUUAUUGCAGUAUUAUGUAUAUAUGUGUACAGACACAUGUAUACAUACCCGCUGUGUAGAACGUUUUUUUUUUUACUUUUUUUCCCUUAAAGUGCAAAAGCACAAAACAUGUUCUGCCGAUUGAGGCAGGUGCAUUCCUAAGAGACAAUUCACUUGUGUGUUUCAUUUGCAAAUAACGUUACGGUUUAAUAUGGUGCCCUUUGCAGCAGAGGCAGACAUAAAGUUAAGAUGGUAUAACUGGUUACAAGGUGAUUUUUUUUUUUUUGUACCCUUAUUUAAUAAAACAAAGUUAGCAAAGUGCAUUAACUUGUAGCUGUCAUGAUGUCGCACUAAUCUAGCACACCUGAUUGGCUUUAGGUCACUGGUUUCUUGUAUACAAAUUUACCAAGGGAUCAAUGAUGCUACUGGCCUUUAGCAAAAUCUGCUUCCUCUGUGAUGUCAUAGGUCUCUAAAAAAAAAAAAAAAAUGGAGAGACCACACUAUGUCAUUGGAUUCUCCUGAAGGCAAAGUCACAACAUUUACUGAAUAAACCAUGAUAUUACUAGAACCUAGGGAACAAUCUGCAUUUUCAGUAAUGCCACUACUCUCCAGUAAGUUGAUUGGCUGCAUUUUCAGUGAUGCCACUGGCUUCAGAAUAAUGGAUUAUCUUUAUAAUUUGCAACGUUACUGGUCCACAUUGAAUUGAUUGCUUACAAUAACAUCAAAUAUUGGAUAGACAUCAGCCUCCUCUAAACCUAGAUGACAUGCACUUCCCCCGGGGGUAUAGAUGGUGGAAUCUAAAAAAAAAAAUAUUAUAUUUAUUACAUGGGUGUGUUAUAUAUUAAAAUACUCAUGGGGAUUCACAUUUUAGUUUAAAAGCACAGCAAAGGUCUUAAAAAUUCCCCAACUAACACUAUAAAAAUGCUGGAUUUACUCUAAACGGGUGCUUUGUUGGACACAGUGCAAAUAAAACGCCUUCGCAAAUCUAUAAGUGGGUGCUUCGUUGUCAUGUUACAAAUUCCUUCUGCAAUAUUGUUUCUUUGGGGAAAAAAAAGAAUUCUGUGUUCCGUUAUGUAGUACCACAAUGUCUUCUAUUACAUUACUUGACUAAUAUUCCAAUUACAUGGUAUGCUAACGUACGCAAGUCAUGCUGACUGUACUUCACAUCUAACAUAGAUACUUGGCACUGAUCACAAACCUCUCAUCUUGUUACUAAUAUGUUUUUGGUGGAUUUUUUUUAUUAAACAAGCUCUGCUAUUA